CAGAGGAGGAUGAUGCAUUGUCACAGUUGUCUAACUGUGCCCUAACACAGACCGGAGCGUCGCGGCGCUAUCUCCUCCGCGGCUCUGCGCGCAGUCGUGUUGGCAACUGCAGCGGGGCGGCGGCGUGCGUCCCUGCUGUGAGCUUCAUCGCCCCGUAUCAAGCUAGUUUAGGCUGUCAGCGGGCCACAACUUCAGCCACACAACCCGGAACUCCGACAACCCUCGCGGCUCGUGCCGCCCUCUCCCGCUCGGUCGUUCCCAUGGAUCCACCGCAAGAGUUGGCCGCCGCCGGCCGCAAGCGGCGCCGGCGAGGAGGCGUCCGGAACCGCAAAAGGCUUUCCUCGCAGAAGGGGCUCCCUCCAGCGACUGCGCCCCCAACGCCGGCGUCCCCACCUGUCAAGCGGCGGCGCAAGGACAUCGCUGGACAGGCCGCUGCUAUGCCGAAGAGAGGCAACACCUCGAGUCUACUGGACAAGAUGCGUGCAAGGUUAUCUGGUGGCCAUUUUAGAAUGUUAAACGAGAAGCUAUACACUUGCAGUGGAGAGGAUGCAUUUGACUACUUCAAAAACGACCCUAAUCUUUUUGAUGUGUAUCAUACAGGAUAUCAAGAGCAGAUGUCACACUGGCCUGAACAGCCAGUGAAUGUAAUAAUCAAUUGGUUGAAGAGUCAGAAUGCGUCAUGGACUGUUGCUGAUUUUGGCUGUGGCAAUGCAGCAGUUGCAAAAAAUCUGAAGAACAAGGUUUUCUCCAUUGAUCUCGUUUCAGAUGAACCUUCAGUGAUUGCUUGUGAUAUGGCUCAUACUCCAUUGGAGCCAUCCUCUAUAGAUGUUGCAAUAUUUUGUCUUUCUUUGAUGGGAAUCAACUAUCCAAGUUAUUUAGAGGAAGCAAAUAGGGUUCUCAAACCAAGUGGUUGGCUUGUUAUUGCUGAAGUGCGAAGUAGGCUAGACCCGAGCAACGGAGGUGCUGAUCCUGAAAAGUUUUCUAAAGCCAUUAUCCAGCUUGGCUUUUCGCUUGUUUCAAAGGAUGUGAAAAACAGAAUGUUCAUUCUGUUCUACUUCAGGAAAAAGGAAAAAAGUAAGGUGGCGAAGAGCAUCGAUUGGCCACAGCUGAAACCGUGCUUGUACAAACGGCGAUGAGCCGCUUGUCUCGUAUCCACCAGUAAUACUGUAGUUGUUGUAGUAGAGCUCUUCAAAAGUUUCGUCAAAACUGAAAGUCUAGAUUUAGGUCCCUCCGUACCUGUAUGGCUGCAUCUGUGUGCCACGCUAUUCCAUUAUUUUCCACAUUAGCUGCGUCUUUCAUUUGUUGGACCUCACAAGAAAAGAUCACAUAGGGAACGAUGCAUUGUUUGGAAGCAGAUCAUAUAUAAUUCAAGUCUACUUUUCA